AUGUUUUCAUUAAUCAGUGAACGAAAGUUAGGGGAUCGAAGACGAUCAGAUACCGUCGUAGUCUUAACCAAAUCAAAGUUUUUGGGUUCUGGGGGGAGUAUGGUCGCAAGGCUGAAACUUAAAGAAAUUGACGGAAGGGCACCACCAGGCGUGGAGCCUGCGGCUUAA